UGAACCGUAUCCAGGUGCAUUUUUCCGUCUUCAUUGAGUAGUGACAGCUCCAUCCAGUCUGCUGCUCUUUUCCUUUGGCACUUGUCUUUAUUUUGGCCCGGGAAAAAAAAAAAACAGGCCAAACAACAGCACAGCUCGGUGACCUGCUCUCAGCUCUUCCAGGAGACGCCAUGAGUAAUCCGAUUGGAGAUGAUGCACAGUCUGCCCGAGAUGCAGAGGAGCGUGAAGGCGAGUUGCUCCGCAUGACGAUUAAAGCCCAGUUGGAGGAUUUGUUCACCGACAGCCACCUGGCAGAGGACGGCUUCCUGCUGAAGCAUGUGAGGAAGAACAAGCAGGGCUACGUCAGCCUCAAGCUCCUCACUUGUUUGAAAAAGAUAAAGGUCCUGACCACCGACUGGUACGUGACUCUGGCUGCAGCAGAGUCCUCACAGGUUCUGGAGGUGAACGACGAAUGCACCAAAGUGAGGCGGGUGAAGCCGCUCCCCAGGUGGCUGCUGUGCUCCCCCACCAGCAAGCUCCUUCUCGUCUACAACAUUUCUGUGGAGGAAAGCAAAGGAGACGGCCUGGAGCACUACUCACUCGCAGAGAGGCUCCUCCAAAAAGUCAGCGCUCACGGCGACGUUGCCUCAGUCCGGAUCCUGCAACCUGGCAAAGAGCUCCCCAAGGAGCUGCAGUGCUACGCCAAGCGUCAUAGAGAGCUUGGGCAACACUUGUGUGCAGUGCUGAAGUUUGAUCAUUUGGAUGCGGUUCGCAGGGCCUACAGAGCCUUGAAAACAGAAGAGGAGAAGUCGAACGGUGAAGGCUUGUGUGUCGUACCUUUGGGAUUCCAGUCAGCGCAGCUCAACAACGACGACCCAUCAGAGGAAAACAAAGAGGACCAAACUGGCAAAUCCCGGUCAAAUCCACUCGAAACCCCGGAGGUUUCACUCCAGGAGGAGCCCCCUUCGCCAGUCGAAGUUUCAGAUGAGGCGCCAGGCACGUCUCAGCCCCAGGCGUACCCAGAUAAGUGCACGCAGAGAACCUUUGAGCAGACCUCCGCCGGCUUCAACGACAAGACCUUCACUGGUUUGACUCAGAGGUACAGUAGGAGGAGCUGGUGCUCUGGAGACUGUGAUAAGGAGAACUCUCAGAGCCCCUGGGUGCUCAAGCGCAAGUUCGCAGCCAGCGCAUUGAACACCAAGGUGCACCUGAACCGCCCCCCCUUCAUUCAACGGGUGCUGCGCCAGCCCCUCGGCCCUGAUGGCACCGAGGGCUUUCGGAGCAGACACAGAGUAUCAGCACUCAGGCUGAAUAACAGUGGUGAAUUCAUGGAGCAACAGUACACCACAACAAUAUAAAAGCUGAUCAAGAUGAUAACAUUAUAUUCGCAUUACAUAAUAAAAUCCAUUUAAUCUUCAA